UGAGGUGCCUCUAGAUCAGAAUAAUAAGUUCUUGGGGUUUCUUAGGGUGCAGGAGGUAGUUGCCUCAGGAACCCAUGAUACGGCGGCUCUACAUUGGAGCCGUAAAUUCUUGCAAGCUUAUGAAAACGUUUUAAAAAAAUUAAGAUGGUGAACCCCGCGAAAACCAUCCACGUUCACGUUCACGCCUGUUGACGGGGCUUCACGGCACUAAUGUGGAGCCGCCAAUGUAGCGUCAGCCAUUGCCGGAGUGAUGAGCCUAGAGGCCGCGGCAGGGUACACGGUGUGGUGGUCGGGCGGCGCGGCGUCGGGCUCGCGGCGGCUGCCGGCGGCGGACACGGCGCUGCGCCUGGCGCGGCUGGCGUGCGGCGCGCGCUACCGCGUCACGCUGCAGGCGCACAACGUCGUCGGCGCCUCGCCGCACUCCGCGCCGCUGCUGGCGCGCACCAGGGGGGACAAGGCUAAGCCACCUCCGGGCAAAGAGUUCGUGUGGGCUAACAGCACGGCUCUGCGCCUCAACCUGCUGGCGUGGGGAGGCCGCUGCCCCGUGGCGGCGUGGUCCUUAGCGCUGCGGCCUGCAGGCGCGGGCGCCUGGCGUGACCUGCCCAGCGACGGGGAGACUGCCGAAGCUGGCGGGCUGCAGCCGGGCGCUUGGUACGAGGUGCGCGUAGAAGCACGGUCACCGGCCGGCGACACCACGGCACUGUACCGUGCCGCCACACAUACGCUCAGCGGAGAACGCAUAGGCGAGCCGGUGGAGAUGCCAAGCGAGGUGCGCGGGGUCGUGUUGGGCGGCGCAGGCGAGAGCUCGCCGGGAGGCUCCGGCGCGGCGCUGUGGCGAGCCGGCCUGGCGCCCGCGCUGCUGGGAGGAGGCCUGGCUGCGCUGCUGGCGGCGCUCGCGGGGCUGGUGGUAGCUCGGCGACGGCAGGCAGCCUCCUGCCUGCGCCGCGACUGCUCCUUGCACCGCGUGUGCCAGCCGCACCCUCAGCUGUACACCACUGAGCCCAGUAAACGCAAUGGCAAAACUCUUACUCCACCCGAUCUUGCUGGUGAAUUGCACGAGAUCAGUCCGUAUGCAACGUUCAGUAUGGCUGGAGGCGCAGGCGGCGCGGGUGGCGGGGGCGGUGCGGGGGGUGCGGGGGCUGCGACGCCGAGCGAGGGGGGCGGCGGGGGGGGCUGCGCGCUGCACCUGCGCACGUUCGGCCGCGCCGAGCCGCUCGACCUGGCCGCGCCGCCGCCCCGUCCCAACCUCCUGGCGCACACACCAGAGUACGGGCAUUCUCGCGAAAGCGACUCGGAGUCGAGCGGCUCACCAUGCGCCGCGUGCGCCGCGGAGCUGUACCGCGUGCCCGCCGCGCACCUGUCCGACACGCUACCUGCCGUGGACUCCAGCGCCGAGGACUCGGUGUACGCACCGGGAGCACCGGGGCCCCGCGCGCCGGGCUCCCACCAGCCGGGGGCCAGGGGCCCGCGUGGCCGCCCCGCGCCCCGCGCCCGCCGCCGACGUGACCACCCGCGCCACGCCGACCCGCCUACCGUCAGCCACCGUUUCUAAGAAGAAGACGAUAUAGAGGACCGUUAGACUCGGUAAUUACUUAUUAAACCUGCAUCGACUAGUGAGCCAGUCGCGACCCCAGCAUGGCUUGUGCUUGCCGACGCUAACAACACACAGCGAUCGCAGACUCUGCAUGUUACCCCACCCCUUCCUCCUGCCAAGUAGAUCAUAGUGACUCAGACCUGAUGUGAAGUCCCAAACGCUCCCAUCCUUUUUGUUUCGGGGGAUAUCUUCAUGGACUACCUCCGCCUGGGGAGAGGCAGAGGGGCUUACCGGACUCUUACCGCCUAAAAACCCCGGCGACCUCCUUGUUCGUGCGCGCGGGGCCGCAGGAAUCCAGAAUCUCUCGCUCGGGCCUCAUCUCUUGCACGGGGUAGUAACGUGUUCACCAACUCCUUGCUUCACCGCGUGAUACACACGCGCGUCUCACCGUCUCGAGUCCAUUGAGAAGGGGGUGGGGACUUCCCCAAGUCUCUCGCCCUUGGACCCAUUCAUGGGGGCGGAAGAGGAUGUUGUCCGCCCUUCUCCUGCCCCCGGUACGCCUUCUGCGUCCCAUCAGGGUCCAUAAUUGUGAUAAUCUUUGUAUAUUUUCCACUUAAUAUAUGUAGGUACAUUAUGGAAUGCAAUAAACUAUGAUAUGAAAUCUCCCUCUCCCGUUCUCCUUCUGAAACGCUCCCGUCCUUCGUUAACGCAGAGAGAAGGAUACGUUACCUAAUUGUAUUACCCAUACCGGACAUGAUACCUUCAGUAUUUUUACUGGGCGGUCCCGUAUGCAUCUUGAGAGUCCCGACCAGUAUCAUUCAUUAUUAGAAUUAGAGACUUACAUACUUGGUUCUGCUUAAAAUGAUUGUUUGGAUCAAUGUACAGCAAAUUGCUAACAGUGCCAGCAGGCGAGUAGCGCCGGAGCUGCAGUAGCGGCUGGCGUGGGGCGGGCACGAGGCGGACACGAGGCGGCCUCGGGCGCGUGCCGCAGCUGUCCACGCGACCUGCUGUGCACGCUGUACAUACUCACCUAGCUGUAAGCGUUGUCGUGUCAUACCACUUACCACAUGUUGAUUAAACUUAUUUCCAUGAGUUUCA